AUCACGAGGCAAUAACAAUAACAAAAACCAAGCUAGGUCAAAAAUAGAAAAGAAAGAAAUUAACAAUUAGGUCCAAGCAGAAGAAGAGUAUGGAGGAGCACCAGAAGGCUGGGAAGCUGCAGGGAAAGGAAGAAAUGCGGUACCGCGGCGUGCGGCGGCGGCCGUGGGGAAAGUACGCGGCGGAGAUAAGGGAUCCAUCGAAGCAAGGGUCAAGGCUGUGGUUGGGGACAUUUGACACUGCUGAAGAAGCUGCUAGAGCUUAUGACCGUGCAGCUUUUAACCUAAGGGGUCAUCUUGCGAUUCUCAAUUUUCCUAGUGAGUACUAUUCUCAGAUAAGGGGUUCACCACCAUAUCCACCUCAUUUAGCAACACCAUCUUCCUCUUCUGGUGCACAACAGAGGCCUGUUUUUGAGAUUCCGUGUUUGGAUGAUAAGGUGUUGGAGGAUCUUCUUGGUCAGUCAGAGGAACACAAGAAGAAAAACAAGGGAGAUUAACGAAUAGUACUCUACUCAAUCAUUCAUACAUAUAUAGUUUCUCUGCUCUUUCUUUUUCCCUUGUUUUAUCCUUAACUGCUACUAUACAUAUAGUAAUAACUGAGCUGAAUCUCUGUCUUCAGAUCUAGAAACAAGAAAAUAUAAUUAACCUUCAUUAUCUGGGUUUGUA